AUGGGGAAGGCUCAUCCCCUCCUCUCCUCCGCUUCUCCUCGCCUUCGUCUCACCUCCGCAGCAGGCAAUGGCGUUCCCCUGCUGUCCGUGACAUCAGCAUGCCCCACUGCUCGAGGUAGCAGGAGGAACGCAAGGUCGAGGGCCCUUAGUGUGAGGUGCGAGCAGGGAGCCAAGGGCGGCGGUGGCGGCGGGCUGGACGUGUGGCUAAGCCGCGGCGGGAUGCUGGGCUUCAUGGGGGUGGUGGCCGUGGAGCUGACCACCGGCAAAGGGGUGCUUCAGAACGUUAGCCUGACCGCCCCACUGCCGACGGUGGCGCUGGGGCUCACCGGCGUGGUCGGGAUCUUCACGGCCUUCAUUAUCUUCCAAUCCGGGUCGCAGGACUGA